AUGAAACAUUUUAUCGUUUUUCUUUGCAUUCUCUUCAUCACACACUGCUAGAGAUAAACCCUAGAAUAAGCUCUAAGAUAAAGAUAUCAAAGCAAAAUGUUCGUUCAUUAGUCGAAUUUUAUAUAAAAUUAGUAAUAAACGAGACUAUUAUAAUAAGAUCAAGAUGAUUUAAUCGAUCACUAAGGAGAGUAAUAACACGACUAAAUUUAAAAUGAUGAGGUUAAAUAAAGAAAGAAAACGAGAAAAGUAGUGAAAAAGAGGAGAGUCAUCCUCAAACCAAUAAUUAUAGCACCAACUGAGUAGCAAAAGAAUUAAAAGAAGAGAAAGGUUCAUAAAACAAUUAAAAAGUGCAAGACAAUUAUUAAGGAUUGA